AUGCUGCAUGGCUCCAAUGGUGGCCUGCACCAGCACCAAACCACCAGCACCAAACCACCAGCACAAAACCACCAGCACAAAACCACCAGCACCAAACCACCAGCACAAAACCACCAGCACCAAACCACCAGCACCAAACCACCAGCACCAAACAACCAGCACAAAACCACCAGCACCAAACCACCAGCACCAAACCACCAGCACCAAACAACCAGCACAAAACCACCAGCACCAAACCACCAGCACCAAACCACCAGCACAAAACCACCAGCACCAAACCACCAGCACAAAACCACCAGCACCAAACCACCAGCACCAAACCACCAGCACCAAACAACCAGCACCAAACCACCAGCACCAAACCACCAGCACCAAACCACCAGCACCAAACCACCAGCACAAAACCACCAGCACCAAACCACCAGCACAAAACCACCAGCACCAAACCACCAGCACAAAACCACCAGCACCAAACCACCAGCACCAAACCACCAGCACCAAACCACCAGCAGCGCCGCGUCCCGCUUUGCUUGGCGUGCCCAGCGGCACGGCGGGGAACCAGCAACCCUGCGAGUCGCGGCUUCACCAGCGCUGAAUGAGUCACAGCAGCUUCGCCAGAACCGAUCCACACCACACAAGCCGCUGGCCGGGCCUCUGUUUGCGUUGUGA